AUGGAUCUGCCACUUAUCAAUGCGUGUAUGAAUAAUGACCUCAGGAAGGUUCAGGAGACAGUCGAAACGUCUCCAGGAGAUCUGUUGAAAAGAGACGGCGAUGGCCGUAUCGCUCUGCACUGGGCAGUCUCCUUCCAGCACGAAGAAAUCGUGCUUUACCUUCUCUCUCACAUGAGAUCGGUAGAUCUCAACGAGUACAGGGAUGACUCUGGAUGGACGCCCUUCCACAUAGCCUGCGCUGUUGGGAGUCUGAGCAUCGUCAAGGAACUGUAUGAAAGGGUGAUUAAGCCAGAUUUGAACCUGCAGACUAACCAGGGUGUCACUCCGCUCCAUCUAGCUGUGUCGAAGAAGCAUGUUCCAGUCUGUCAGUUCCUGCUGGAUCAUAAGGCUUCGGUGCGUGUAAAAGAUUCGAGACAGCAGAUGCCUAUCCAUAGGGCUGCAGCUAUAGGCUCGCCAGUGUUGGUAGAGCUUCUAUGCAAGAAAAACAGCCCUGUGAAUGCGGCAGACAAUAAUGGCUGGACUCCUUUAUUCCACGCUUUCGCUGAAGGACAUGGCGAUGUCGCUGUAAUGCUAGUCGAGAAGUUUGGAGCAGACGAUCAGUUGCAAGACCCAAAAGGUCUGAAAGCGAUCGAUUAUGCGUUGAACGAGCAAAUUAAGAAUUAUUACAAGAAUCAUGUAUCAUAA